AUGUCGCUGUUCUCCUUCUCCACCCCUCUCGACAUCGACAUUGUGCUACAAGACACGGAUGAUCGGCCUACGGUAGACGUGAAACUCGACAAGAACAAGCGGGAGAAAUGCCUGCUCUACCUCGAUGGCGAGACGGUGAAAGGCGCAGUGACAAUCCGACCCAAAGAUGGCAAGAGACUGGAGCAUACGGGCAUCAAAGUGCAGUUCGUCGGUACAAUAGAAAUGUACUUUGACCGCAACACCAACCACGAAUUCGUCUCGCUCCAGACCGAGCUCGCGAGCCCCGGCGAACUCCAACACCCCGUCACCCUCCCCUUCGCCUUCAAGAACGUGGAGAAGCCAUACGAGUCCUACCACGGCAUCAACGUCAAGCUGCGCUACUUCCUGCGCGUCACCGUCUCCCGGCGCAUGCAAGACGUCGUGCGCGAGAAGGACUUGUGGGUGUACAGCUACCGACAACCGCCGGAGACGAACAGCGUGAUCAAGAUGGACGUGGGGAUCGAGGACUGCCUGCACAUUGAAUUCGAGUACUCCAAGAGCAAAUACCACCUCAAGGAUGUCAUUGUCGGCCGCAUCUACUUCCUGCUGGUGCGGUUGAAGAUCCGGCACAUGGAGCUGUCGAUCAUACGGCGGGAGACCACAGGCGCACCGCCGAAUCAGUACAAUGAGUCGGAGACGUUGGUGCGCUUUGAGAUUAUGGACGGCUCGCCGAGUCGGGGGGAGACGAUUCCGAUCCGCUUGUUCCUGGGUGGGUUUGAUCUCACACCGACCUUUAGGGAUGUCAACAAGAAGUUCAGCACGCGGUAUUACUUGAGUUUGGUGUUGAUUGACGAGGACGCGCGGCGGUACUUCAAGCAGUCGGAGAUUGUACUUUUCCGGCAAGCGCCGGAGAACUCGGAGUUGGCGAUGCGGCAGGCGAAGGAGGUGCAGCAGAGUUAG